UUAAUAAUGAAAUAAUAUUAAGCGACUAAACGGAUUUUUCAAAUAUUUAUUUUGAAAUCCGUUAAAACGCCAAAAAAAAAUUCAAAAUAUUUUAGUUGAAACCCCAAUGCCUGAAGCUUUAACAUUGCCCGGUAUGGCUGACGCAGAGCCGGACUUAUCAAUAUUUGAAAAUAAAACUGGACUGGCAGAGGAUAUGAAAUUUCUGGCUUCUAUGCCAGAGCUAUGUGAUGUUACAUUUCUAGUAGGUGACACUCGCGAGCCAGUAUGUGCUGUAAAGGCCGUUUUAGCUUCCCGCUCCAGGGUCUUUGCCAAAAUGCUGUAUGCCGCUCCUUCACCGCAAAGAAAACGCGAAACCUCUACCAAGGAAAACAAAUUGCGCCUAUUCCUAAAACGUUCCUCGGAGCCUUUGUUAAAUCUGCAAAAUGCUGCCCAACAGCCGGCCGGUCAGCAACAUCAAACUUUGAUUAUAGAAGAAUUUGAACCGGAUGUAUUUCGUCAACUAAUCGAAUACAUACAUACGGGUUGUGUUACAUUGCAGCCACGUACUUUAUUGGGUGUCAUGAAUGCUGCCGAUUAUUAUGGUUUGGAGGAGCUGAGAAGAGCCUGUGGUGGUUUUGUGCAGUGUUGCAUUAAUGUGGACACAGUGUGUGCUUUAUUGUCGUCAGCCGAACGUUAUAUCCAAUAUAAAUGCACCAAAAGUUUAGUGCAAAAAGUAUUGGAAUUUGUGGACGAACAUGGUAAUGAAGUUUUGAAUUUGGGUAGUUUUACUUUACUGCCCCAGCAUGUGGUGCGUCUGAUAUUGGCCCGUGACGAGCUGAGGGCCGAUGAGUUUACCAAAUUCCAGGCCGCUUUAAUGUGGAGUAAGAAAUAUAAUGAUAAUAAUCAGAACAUCGAUAUGAAAGAGAUUUUGGGUAAUUUCUUGGAAUACAUACAAUUCCAUAAAAUACCCGCCAACGUUUUAAUGCGUGAAAUCCAUCCCUUGGGUUUGGUGCCCUACUCCAUUAUAAUGAACGCUUUGGCCUACCAGGCAGACCCAGAAAGUAUCGACCCCGGAAAAUUGUCUCCCAACUCUAGUCGAGUGAGAAGAGCUCGACAAAAUCAAGGCAGAUCGAUGUCCGUGCAGAGUUCUCUUGAUCCCUAUGGUUCGAAUACAACUUUGAGCUCAAGCGGCAGCAGCGAUCCCACCAGUGGCCCACAUAAUACCAACUAA